CUUUUCGCCAUUUUUGCCGACCUCGCGGCUUGCUGCAGACAUAGCCUUCUGUGUUGCAGACCUUGCCACUGCUGCUUUGUCUCUGAGGUCAGACUGCUCCCAGAGCCAUGAACGGAGACGGCAGCUUUGCAAAGAACCCCAGUGAUGAUGAGCAAAUAUCAGAGAAUAAACGCAAGGCCUUUGCUGAUAUUGCCCAAUACUUCUCUAAGAAAGACUGGAAAAAGCUGAAAUACUCGGAGAAAAUCACCUAUGUGUACAUGAAGAGGAACUAUGAGGCCAUGCGUACACUAGGUUUCCAGGUCACCAUCCCACUUUUCAUGCGUGAUAAACAGGCCGAAGACUCACAGGAGGAUGAUUCUGAUAGAGACUCUAACCCCGGGAAUCUGCUUGAAUGUCAUACAAUGACUUUUGGCAUGUUCCAGGGACUCUUCCCGCAGAUCAUGCCCAGGGAGCCACCAGAGGAAGAAGGAAAUGAUUCCGAGGCAGUGCCAGAAACAUCUGGCACACAGAAUGAUGUGAAAGAGCUGUGCUACUCGCAGUGCACCCCGAUGUACUCUGGAAAGCCAAGUACCUUGGAGAUGACUACCAACAUACCUGAACCCAAAAGGGCGACAAAUGCCUGGACCCAUAGACUGCGUGAGAGAAAGAAUCUGGUGAUCUAUGAAGAGAUCAGCGACCCUGAGGAAGAAGACGAAUAACUCCUCAGGGAUAUGACACAUGCCCAUGAUGAGAAGCAGAACUUGGUGACCUUUCACGAACACGGGCAUGGCUGCGAACACCUCGUCAUCAGGUGUAUAGCAAGUGUUCACAACAAUGAAAAGUUGAACGUUUUUUUUAGUGUGCCAAGAGUUUGAUGGUAGCUUUUCUGUUGUAUUUUCUUAUAUGUGCUAUUGGUAGAUACUAGCGUUUCUGUUGAUGAGCAAGAUAUACUUAAUACAUAUUUCGAUUUGUGUAUCCAUGCACCUACCUUAGAAAGCAAGUAUUGUCAGGUAUUCUCUGCAUAGAAAAGCACCUACCCUCCCGGAUGUGACUACUGAGGGCAGUUCUGAGUGUUUAAUUUCAGAUUCUUUCCUCUGGAUUUACACACACCACACACACACACACACACACACACAAGUACCACUAUAAGCAUCUCCCAUCUGCUUUUCUCCACUGCUAUGUGUCCUGGUUAAGCCUCCCUCACUCUGCUUCCUGUUCAACAUGCACUCACUGCUGCAGACUUCCUUCAAUGAUUCCCUGUAUGCUACAGUUAAUAAACAUUU